CUCAGUUACUUAAGGGCUGCGCUCAUUCACUCCCGAUAAGCACCACCUCGCAUUCUUUCCCCCCACUCGCCCUACAGGGCAAAGCCAUCCAAUUCACAUAUCUUGCCAACUCUUAAAGCUAAACCUCACUUCAACAUAAAACGAAAAACUCAAAAAAGACUUUAUAACGCAUUUCUCGUUUCGAACUCUUUAUGAACGACAUGACGGACGAAAUAACGCUACCAGCUCAAGCGCGAAAGGACGACAAGAGGCCCGCCGCGUCAGGCAAUGGCCGUGGUCCAAAGCGGAACUCUUCCAUCAGCAAAGCAGCAGCUACUACCUCCCAAGGUGGCCCAAGGCCUUCUUCAAGAACGAGCAACAAGAAGUCGUCGACUCCUGCACCAGAGUCUGGCUCUGAUUCGGCCACGAGAAAGGUCGCUGAGACAGCGAAGAAGCCUGACCAGCGGAACAAGAAUCAAUCAGGCAGUCGUCCUCAAGCGCACCGCAAAGCGCAGCCUUCAGCUCAGAACGCGCGUCCCAACGGGUCCAAGGACCAGUCGUCGAAGCAGUCUACGCCCACGCCAUCCCAAUCCAAGGAGUCGAGCGACGCUCUGUCGUCAUUGCAGAGGGUCAUCGCCGACCUCAGAACUACGUCACCCCAGCCACCCGGUAACAACACCACCGCUUUCCCGAUGUCUGCUGCUCAAGCACCCGCUUCUUCUCUCCCACUCAAUGCACCCGUCUUCCAACCAGGAGCCGCUGCAUACCCAGGACUGAGCGCUGCAGACGUCAAGCAUCGCAAGGCCGCAUCCAUGGGCGCAUCUGGUCUCUCCGGGAAUUUCAAUUCCUUUGCACCUGGCCUGAAGGCGAUGAUGGAAGAUGGACACCAACCCCGUUCUCAGUCUCAGAGUUUUACUGCUCCUCGUUUCGCAGCGUUGGCUCAACAGGAGCAGAUAGAGGCCAUAGGUCCCACCGGCCGCCCUCAGCUCGCGCCGAAUUUUAUGUUUGGUGCCAAGAAACGCGGCGGAGGGAUGAUGGGGCCUCCAAUUGAUGAGGAAGACGUGGGUUUCCAAUUUCCCCAACAGCAGCAACCAUAUGCACCCGAAGCCCCUACCCAGGAACCUAUUCAGCACAGGAAAUCAGACAGCGGUGAGAUUACUGGCAUAAUGGCUGAGCAGAUCGCCAUUCAGAACCAAAUCGAGGCGCUGCAACAGCAGCAGCAAGCACUCUAUCAGCAACAGCUCGCUUCAAACCAGGUUCUUUCGUUCCAGACCGCUGGAUUAGCUCCGAACAGGGCCAAUGUUCAUCGACGCGUACACAGUACUGUCCCCAUGGGUGGUGUCGGUGCCGGCGGUUUUGGAGGUCCACAGCCCGCUAUGGGUCAAUUUGGUCACUACAGUGGCCUCAGCGUUAGCGUGGAUGGACAAGCCCAAGGUAUGCCUCGAGGACAUGGGCGACGACACAGUGUCAAUGUCGUCAACAAGCCUGGCGGCCCGGGUGGCUCUAUCAGCUACAAUGGCAAUCCUUACGGGCAACAAGAAGGGUUUGAUGAUGGUUUUGCCCCACCUGGUUUCGGUGGACACUCCCGUCAGGCUUCUCGAGCCGAUUCUAGUUGGCGUAUCAACGGCGGUGUCGGCGGAGUGCCUACCAACAGCAACAAUGGCUUUGCUGCAGACCUUGCUCAAGCUCAAGCCCAACUCCAGAGUUUACAGCAAUUCCGUGCGGCCGCUGGAGGUCAUCAUCACAAAAUGCCAUCAUUCAGCUUCCCCAACAUGCUCCCUAAUAUGAUGGCAGCAAAUAUGAUGGGGAUGGGCCUUGGCGGUAUCAAUCUUUUGCAGCAGCAACAGCAACAAUUUCAGUCCCAGCUCCAGCAACAGUCUAACCAACCCCAACGAAAGUCUCUCUUUGCGCCCUAUCUACCUCAAGCGUCCUUGCCUCCCCUGCUUGCUGCUGGAAAAUUGGUUGUUGGAAUUUUGCGAGUCAACAAGCGCAAUCGAUCUGAUGCAUAUGUUGCUACCGAGGUUCUUGAUGCAGACAUCUAUAUAUGCGGGUCGAAGGAUCGUAACCGGGCUCUCGAAGGUGACAUUGUCGCCGUGGAGCUCCUGGAUGUUGAUGAAGUUUGGGGGACGAAGAAAGAGAAGGAAGAGAAGAAGAGAAAGAAGGAAGAGAACUCUGCAUACGACGUUAAGUCGAGCGCCGGCCGCAAAGACGAUAAGAAGAAGGAUGAUGUUGAAGUUGAGGGCCAAGGUCUUCUCCUGUUCGAAGAUGAAGAAGUCACCGAUGACGUUAAACCUCAAUUUGCCGGCCACGUUGUUGCGGUGGUAGAAAGGAUGCCUGGGCAGCUGUUCUCCGGAACUCUUGGGCUCCUUCGUCCUUCUUCUGCAGCCACGAAAGAGAAACAGGAAGCAGAGCGUCGCGAGCGCGAAGGAGAUCGUGGAGAUGAGCCUAGGCGUGGUCCUAUUGAACGUCCUAAGAUUGUCUGGUUUAAGCCUACAGACAAGCGCGUACCUCUCAUCGCGAUUCCCACCGAACAAGCACCACCUGACUUUGUUCAGAAUUCUGAGGCAUAUGUUGACAAGCUUUUCGUUGCUUGCAUCAAACGUCAUCCUAUAAGCUCGUUGCACCCUUUUGGUACUCUGGUUGAGGAACUCGGUCCGAUUGGAGAUAUCGAAGUGGAGACUAGUGCUCUUCUAAAGGACUGCAACUUCCCUACAGAAGACUUUACGGACAAUGUUCUUAAGUGUUUACCACCGAUGCCUUGGUCAAUUCCCGAAAGAGAAUUCGAGGUUCGGAAGGAUCUUCGUGGCGAACGUAUCUUUACUAUCGAUCCGGAUGCCGCAAAGGACCUUGAUGAUGCUAUUUCGAUGAAGCUCAACGAGGACGGUACUUACGACGUCGGUGUUCACAUCGCUGAUGUUUCUUACUUCGUCAAGCCAAACACUGCCCUCGAUCGUGACGCUCGCAAGCGUGCAACCAGUGUAUAUCUAGUUCAACGCGCUGUGCCUAUGCUUCCACCCUCUCUCAGUGAACAGCUAUGCAGUCUUGUUCCUGGACAAGAUCGCCUCGCAUUCUCAGUCGUCUUCACAAUGAAUAAAGAGGCCAAGGUCCUGAGCAAAUGGUUUGGCAAGACCAUCAUAAGAUCCUCCAGUAAGCUAAGCUACUCGGACGCUCAGAACGUGAUCGAAGGCAAAAUUUUGGGUGGUGUCAUCGUAUCUCCUGAGCAUAAUGCCAGCGAUAUCGAACAUGACAUCCGGAUUUUGGACGAUCUGGCAAAGAAGUUGCGAGCCCAGAGGUUUGAGAAUGGCACUUUAAGCCUUGACUCCCUGCGUUUGCAAUUCAAGCUAGGUGACACCGGAUUACCUGUCGACUGUUGGCAAUACCAACGUGUUGAUGCAAAUGACCUGAUAGAGGAGCUCAUGCUCCUCAGUAACAUAACGGUAGCUCAGCAUAUCGCCUUCCAUCUACCUGAGCAAGCACUCCUCCGUCGCCACGAUACUCCUAUCGAGCGCCGUCUCAACACUUUCCGGGAACGUGCGGAGCGACUAGGUUACGAGAUGGACACCUCGUCGUCGGGUGCCCUCAUGCGAUCAUUUGAAGUAAUCAAGGAUCCUACUGCUCGCAGACUUCUCGAGUUGCUCUCGUUCAAAGCGACUUAUCGCGCUAAGUACUUCUGUUCCGGAAUGCUUGAUAUUGCGAAAUAUCAUCACUACGCUCUCAACGUGCCUUUGUACACUCACUUUACAUCUCCAAUUCGUCGGUAUGCCGACGUUCUUGUUCACCGUCAACUCGAGUCGGUGUUGCAAACUGGAUCUGAACCCAAGUUCACCAUGGAUCGCGAUGCCGUUGCCAAAGUGGCUCAGCAUAAACGUGACUCCGCGAUCUUGGCUGAGGAGCAAUCAGCCCACCUGUUCCUUUGCGUUCUCAUUUCCGAUUUGACCCAACGCUAUGGUCCAGUUGUUCGUCAAGCUAAAGUUGUUGGUGUUCUAGACGCCGCUUUUGAUGUUCUCGUACCCGAAUUUGGUAUUGAGAAGCGCGUUCAUGUUGACCAGAUGCCCAUUGACAAUCAUGUCUAUGAGGAGCAUACGCACACAUUGCAGAUCUACUGGUCAACCAAAGACGUCAUCAGCUGGUUGGCCGAGAACAGCGACGACGACCAUUUGAAAAAGGUUAAGCAGAAUGCCGAGCAGCAUGCACUCAAGAUGGAGGUUGCUUCGCGCUCCGUUCACGACGAGAAGGCCUUGUUUGACGAGGACGAGGCGGAUGACGAUGAAAUCGUUCUAGGGCGUGCUGAAGCGUUGGCGGACGAGAAUGAGACAUCGAAGCAAAGGUUAUUGUCGAUCGCCAAGAUGAAGCCUGAGUUCGAGGGCUUGAGGACGACGCCUGCUGGACAUCUGAUUCAGGAUAUCAGGGAGCUCAUGACCGUUCCUGUUAUCGUAACUGCUGAUCUGACCAAGUCACCACCGGUGAUCAAAGUGUACAGCGUCAACCCUUACGCCGUCGAGCAAAAAUGACCAUCAGAUGUCCUCAGCAAGCAAUCUUCAUUCCAGUUCGGACUGCAAUACAUGUACUUUUAGCCAGCUUCUCCCUCUUUCUGCCUUUCUCUCCUCCACACGCCUCUCUCUUUACAACAAGGCAUUCCCUUACUGACUACGGUCUUCCUAGCUUUAAACGAUGUCUGGUGUUAGUGCCAGGUGGUAAACUGUAUUUUUUCGACAUGUAAGAUUUGUUAUUGACGUACGGGAAACUGAAAAAAUUACUAUACAUACAUAUGCAUAUGGAAACACUUUGACAUGCUU